AUGACCGACCUACCAGCCCACGCCUCACCAAAGCUCACCCCGCAUUCCCUCCCGAGAUCAGAUGAACAAUUGGAUGAUUCGGGUCAGGGGAGCAUCGCAGCAGGCGAACAGACUCCGGCCCUACCGGGCUCAUUGCUGUCGCCCGCAUUCACCCCACCUGCGACCCCCGGUGGCACAUUGAACUUGGAUUUACACCCCACCGCGGUCCUUCACGCAAACCAAGCAGCAGAUAUCCACAAUAAGAACCAGGAGGCUAAAGGCCCCAAGUUACUCCCGCAGCUCCCAGCAGUGGAAUGUAUCGUGCGAGCGCGAAUCCCGACAACCAACGGAGCGGAAAUGUUCUUACACCUAUACCACAAUGAUUUGGACGGAAAGGAGCAUUUGGCCAUUGUAUUUGGAAACAACAUUCGCAGCCGGAGCUUGGACAGCGUCCGGCCCGGGGAGACCGAGAUGGACCGAAUGAUCCGCGGCGCGUAUGUUGGGAAAUUGCACCCGGGUCGAGUCAGCAGCCGGUAUGAUGACGAUUUGGCUGGGUCAGCCUCGACACCACAGCAGGUCGAGCCUCCGCUGGUGCGAAUUCACUCGGAGUGUUAUACUGGAGAAACAGCGUGGUCGGCGCGGUGCGAUUGCGGCGAGCAGCUGGAUGAGGCGGCGCGUUUGAUGUCUUUCCCCGUUGAGGGUCUUUCCUCUGAUGCGCCCCCAGAGGUCCAGUCCUUGUCAUCACAUUCGACAGGCGGUGUGAUUGUUUACCUGCGUCAGGAGGGUCGUGGGAUCGGUCUUGGUGAGAAGUUGAAGGCAUACAAUCUCCAGGAUCUUGGGUCGGACACUGUUGAGGCAAACCUUUUACUCCGCCAUCCGGCUGAUGCUCGAAGCUAUGGACUGGCUACAGCCAUCCUGAAAGACCUUGGUUGUGGUGUGGAUGCAAUUCCAGAAGGAAUUCGUCUACUUACCAAUAACCCCGAUAAAGUCCGGGCUAUUGAGGGGCCCAACCGGGAAGUUCUCGUAAAAGAGCGGGUGCCAAUGAUCCCAUUGGCAUGGCGGACAGGUGGCCAGAGAGGAAUUAAGAGCUCUGAAAUUGAAGGCUAUCUACAGACUAAGCGCGUGUGCAAGGCCAUGGCCCGCGCUUCAAACACCAAUGAGCAUGUGGCGCCUUCGCCUGACUUGCCCGACUUGUCUGAACGACAGCCUAACCCCCUCGGCAGACCCGAGGACUCCCUUCCUUUCCGUGCGGCUUCGAUAGACGUGGAGAGGACCUUGGAUAAUGGCACAACAUCAGGACGCAAGCGAAAGCUGAAUAGCAUGUCAUCAAGAGGCGUCGCCAAUCUCACCCCAGAUCAGUUGGCAAAAAAGCGGGCCAACGACCGCCAAGCGCAGCGCGCAAUUCGUGAAAGGACGAAGGGGCACAUAGAAGCUCUAGAGCAACAGGUCCGGGACCUCUCAUCACAGAAACCCUACCUCGAUCUCCAAGCAGCUCUCCAAGAGAAUGAUACGAUUCGGUCGGAGAACGCAGAGCUCCGCCAAGGGCUUAAGGCGGCAAUGGACAUUCUCCAACCAUUGAUAGCCAAGCCAGAACUACCAGGUCCAUCUCUGGCUAUACCCAAUCUCGUCCCGCCUCCUUCGCAUGCAUCCCCACUACCCGAUACCGAUCACCUCACCCCCAAUAGUCAGCCACUUCUUCCAGGCGAUAAAUCAUAUGCCGAGUCUAUUGCCAGCCUUGAUACGCCUUCCCCGACACAUUCUGCACCUACUCUUGGGAGUCGCCGCAAUAGUACCAAUGGUCCUUCACCGGCCUCUCUUCGUGUCGCAUUGGACUCGCAACGCCAUAAUAUCACCCACGGCCUGAACCUUGGCUCCGAGGAGCGUCUGGGGUUUAAUUUCCUUCUGGAUGCCUCGCAUACUGUCCCUAAAGUCGACCGGCUACAUCGCAGCAGCUCAGAAAACCUCCGCUGUCCUCCCCCGAAUCCUCCUUCACCAAUAUACCCACAUCCCUUGACUACUACCUCUGAAGGUGGGCCACCUGCAUUCGCCGCUCCGAUACAAAACGUAGCAGCGACAUGUCCUUUGGAUAAUAUUCUUCUAGAAUUUCUUCAAAGCCGGCAACGCGAGGCUGCUCAAGGCAUCCCUAGACAAAAGUUAGCCGGGCCACCGUACCCAAGUGUCUCCUCAUUGCUGAACCCGGAGAGAAGUGUCUACUCCCAUCCAGUCUCAAAGGUUUUCACAGAUAUUCUGCGUGCCUUUCCAGAUAUUUACUCUUUGCCAGAGCAAGUUGCUGUGCUCUACACCAUGUUCCUCCUCAUGCGCUGGCAGAUUUACCCUACGCAAGAGAACUAUGAGCGACUCCCAGAGUGGUUGACCCCGCGCCCAACACAAAUUCUCCAUCCACACCCUGCUUGGAUGGAUUACGUUCCCUGGCCUGGAAUGCGUGAUAGGAUCAUCACAAAUUAUCAAAACUACCCAUUUGAUAAUUGGACGAUCCCAUUUACACGUGGCUUGAGUGUCAAUUGGCCGUACGAGGAUACAGACUGUCUAUUGUCAGCCGGCGACUCGGAGGAGCUCGUCAUCAAUCCCGUCUUUGAGCGGCAUAUGAGGAAUUUGUCUAAUUGGUCCCUGGGGCUCAGCUUUGCGGAGACUUAUCCAUCUUUGGCAAACGCGGCACGAAUCAAGCCGAAAGCACCGCCCAACACCUCAUAUGGAGUAGACUCACCAAGAGACUACAAACCCAUUUAA